GUGAAGAACUCUAGCUAGUUAGAGUCGCUAUCUAUAAACGACAUGUAGUUGAGCUUGGAAACAUAGUCAGAAUAAAGUUUCAACGUGUCAUAUAGCAAUUGGCUGGUCACCAUUCCAUUUUCGUCCUCACCCAACCCAACCAUCUAAAAUAAAUUGUAGCACCACCGCCUCCACCACCACCACCACCGCAAUCACCGUUCGUAAAAAUACAAACACAAUCUUCGCGAAAAGAAAAUAACAAAAAUAAAUAAAUAAAGAAAAUGACAGAGGAGAGCAAUACUAGCUCUAAUGCGGAAGAUUCAAUUGCCAAUACCGCCGAUGCUUCACAGUCAAGACAAAGGAAAAGGAGAAAGUGGGACCAACCGGCGGAGUCGUUGGUGUCAGCUGGAGUAGCGUCUUUAGGAGUACCUGGUGCUGUUGUACCUCUAGCUAACAUGAAUGCUCUUGCUGGAAUCUCUCUGCAUGGAUUAGUUCCUUCAGUAAAUUCUAGUCCUUUCUUGAGCAAUCAACUGUUAGCUAAUUCUGCAACCAUCCCAACUGCGUUUUAUGUUCCUUCAACACCACAAAUUACAGCUACUGGGAUCCCCAAAUUAAAUCAACCUAAGAUUCAGGAUGAGCUAAUGAUUGCCCGAGAAAUUGUUAUAAAUGAUGCAGAGUCCUCUGUUCGUUACAAGCUCACUAAGCGUCAGACGCAGGAAGAGGUUCAGAGGUACACUGGUGCUGUGGUGAUAACUAGGGGAAAAUAUCGUCCACCAAAUGCCCCACCUGAUGGUGAAAAGCCGUUGUAUCUUCACAUAUCUUCCGGUGCUCAUUUGAAAGAUACUGCAGAAAGGAUUUUAGCAGUUGAUCGUGCAGCCGCCAUUGUUGAAGACAUGCUGAAACAAGGGCCAAAUCUACAGCCUGCUUUAUCUGUUCUUCCCAUGACUGGCGCUAGCGGAGCAAAGGCUCUGAGCACAUGUGUAUUUUUGGGCUUUGACGCAGACAAAUCACUGAACAUUGCUGCUCGAAUUCGUGGACCAAAUGACCAGUAUAUAAAUCACAUUAUGAAUGAAACAGGAGCAACAGUUGUACUAAAAGGACGUGGCUCUGGAAAUUUUGAACUCCCAAAUACUGGAGAAGCACAGCAACCUCUUCAUCUAUUCUUAUCUGCUGAUAAUUUGAAAAGUCUGGAAGAUGCAAAGCGUUUGGCUGAAAAUCUCCUAGAUACAAUUGGUUUAGAGUGUGGUACCUCAAGGAUCUCAUGUAAUAAGGUUUAUAGUGCUGUUCCACCGCCACAGCAGUUGUUAUCAGGGGUUCAAAGUUCUGGGAUUGAGGAGAAAGUAAAUACCAGUCCUGCUGGUAGUUUUUCCUUAUCCACAAUUAGUUCCUCGCUAUUUACUCCAGCUUCUCCAGUUGCAAUUCCUGCGACAGGUUCUAUCUUUUCCCAAGGAGGAGUGGUAAAUUACGGGCCUACUCAACCUACUGUGAUAAGUCAUCCCAAGCCUUUAGUCAAUGGAGGAACAAGCUAUAGCGGAUAUGGUGGAAUAUAUCCCCAGGCUACACCUUUGCAACAAGUUGCUCUAGCCCUUAGGCACUCAACAUCUCCAAUAACUUCUACAGUUGCGCCUACAGCAUCUCUCCCAUGUACAGCCCCAACACCUGCCGCAAGCUCCACUCCUGAGAAGGAGAAUCGUCCUUCACAGAGGCGGAAAUUUCAGGAGUUACCUGCGGGCUCAAAGGACCCUUCAACUCUUCAGGUGUCAGAAUCAGUAAAACCUGGUGAGCAAACAUUAGUAAAUGGUGUGAGAAAUAUAUCAACUUUGCUAGCUCCAAAGAAGUCAGUCCAGUCAUCAUCAAAUGGAAUGCUACCACCAUCUCCACGAAUGAUGCCUGAGUCACCAUCAAUGAAUGGGACAGCACCACAUCCUCAACGAACUAUGUCAAAACCACCACUGUCGAAUGCAAUGCUGCCACCCUCUCAUCGAACCAUGCCCCCUCCGCCACCUCCUCCAAAAUUUUAUUCAUCUAACGCCGUAGACAAAUUGCAUGAGAAGAACACUAUUUCAAAUAAAAGCAAAGCUGAAAGUAUACCUGUUGUUUCAGAUACUUUGGCCAAAUUAGUGGAAUACGGAGAGGAAGAUGAUGAUCCUGAUGAAAAUGAAGAAUCUGAUCUCGGCAACUCCUCUGUAGUUGCAGAUCGAAAACCAUUUUGGGCUUUAUGAUUCAUAAUAUUGUUUCUGCCAGUGUCGUAUUGGCAAUGAGCUGAAUGGUUCUUCUGGGUAUUUGUAUGCUAAAUUUAUAUUUAUUUUUUAAAUGUUUUAGUAUAUAACGCAAAAGGCGAUGGAUUAAGAGGAUUUUAUCAUAGUGGGUACUCAUCUGUGUGGUCUUCAGGACUUGUAAGUUGUAAUUUCCCCUGGGGCUCUUGCUGUAUGUGACUUUGUGGCUGGUGAGAUAGGCAGGGAAGAUGGGUGUUGAUUUUUGUUUGUUAUCCGUCUCUGUAAGUUAUUUGUUAGCUGUACCUUAUUGUAGGAGUAGACUAAACGUUAAGCUUAGUUCAGCUUGUCAAAGAGACUCGCCCUUUUACGGGCAGAAAGAUUAGUAAUCCGGUGAAAAGUAGUCGACAAGAAUUAGCACUGUCCUGGGAAAUUGAGGACAUUUUUCUUAUAUAUAAAAAAUGAAUGCCAUUUUUGUAUCA